AUGGCUUCUAACCGAUACGGUUUUAUUUUGAUAGUUUUCUAUGCAACAUCUUGUAUAAGUUGUCAGGUUAUAAAGCAACAUAUACUUCAAAAAAGUCGAGAGACAUGUAUGAAAAUAGCUAGGGAUCCAUAUUUCGAUAUUGAUAUGGUUGUGGGUAAACCAUGGAGGAUAUAUUACACAUGGAAUUUGAAGUUGGAUACUAAGUGCUUGGACAUGAACUUCAAAAACGCUUCACGCGGAGUAAUUAAGAGGAUCUGGUCAGAUAUGUACGAGUACUUGGAACACCAGCCAGUGUGGGAUGCUGCGAUGCUACACAUGACGAUGGGUUCGGAAAAUCAUGAGAUCUUAUUAUUCGCUGACCAAGGUGCUGCUGGGUCAUUCUCAGCAGUACCUAAUGUUAUAAGAGAAGCAAACAAUAUAUUCCCGUUACGGAAGGGAGUGCCACUUCUAAAGUUCCAGAUGAAAUUGCUGCGUCAAGGGAAAUUUUUAUUGGUAAUGGAUUGUCACGUUGGUGGGGCUUCCUUGGCAGCUAGACCUGAUCAUCCUCCGUACCGUUCUGAGAUAGCAGCCGAAGCAGCGUUGUUGGAUAUUGGAGAUGGUCAUCCUGCAUGUACUGUAGAGAAGAAUAAAGGAGAGCAGUUCUUUUUGAAA